UCCGAAAUAUGACAGAGCGAAAAUUUUGACAAUUUGCUUUGUAAUCAUGGCGUCGGAACGUUACAGUUUCUCGUUAACAACAUUUAGUCCAUCUGGAAAAUUGGUGCAAAUUGAAUAUGCCUUAGCCGCUGUAGCAGCCGGCGGGACUUCCGUCGGAAUUAAAGCAUCAAAUGGAGUGGUUAUAGCUACAGAGAACAAACAUAAAAGCAUUCUGUAUGAUGAGCACAGUGUCAACAAAGUUGAGAUGAUCACUGGACAUAUCGGUAUGGUCUAUUCCGGCAUGGGUCCGGACUACCGUCUCCUCGUGACGCAGGCUCGCAAGAUGGCGCAGCAGUAUUACCUGAUGUACCAUGAGCCCAUACCUACUGCACAACUAGUGCAGAGAGUCGCUACCGUCAUGCAAGAGUAUACGCAGUCUGGUGGUGUCCGUCCGUUCGGAGUGUCGCUCCUAAUCUGCGGGUGGGACGGGGACCGUCCGUACUUGUUCCAGUGUGACCCGUCCGGGGCAUACUUUGCGUGGAAAGCCACCGCUAUGGGGAAGAACUUUAAUAACGGAAAAACUUUCUUGGAGAAGAGAUACACAGAAGAGCUAGAAUUAGAUGACGCAGUGCACACAGCCAUUUUAACUCUCAAAGAGGGUUUCGAGGGACAAAUGACUGCGGACAAUAUUGAAGUGGGGAUAUGCGAUGCAAGUGGCUUCCGGAGACUGGAACCGGCUCAUGUUAAAGAUUAUCUAGCUAAUAUUCCGUAAUAUGUAUAAUAAAUUUGUGUUUUGGUUC